AUGGCGAGAAUGCCUGCCAGCGGAGACACAGAGCAGGAGCAGCUGAGCUGCCCCAAAAGAAGCAGGGAGGAGGAGAAUGAGGAGGAGUAUGAAGAUGAGAUCCAGGAGGUCCAGAUCACCGGGGAGGAAGAAGACGAGGAGUUCGAUAGAGAUGGUGUGGAGCUGGACUGGGAGCCAGGGGGGACAGUGCUGGACUCCAGCGGUUCCGCCGCGCAGAUACAGGGGGUCGUUCUCCGGAGUAUGGACCUCGGAAAGGAGGAGGGGGAGGCGGACCCCUUCGGCGGCAGCAUCCCCGCCGGGCUGGAGUGUCACCUGGAGGGAGAGCUGCAGCGGUCAGAGCGGAACAGGCUGAGCGAGAACACACGCCUGGCCACCCGGUACGCGGUGCGGAUCUUCAGGGAGUACCUUAGCGAGAAAGCUCAAAGUCCAGACUUUGAAACUCUGGACAAGGAGGCGCUGUGCGCGGUGCUGCGCUCCUUUUACGCGGAGGCGCGCUCCAAAAGUGGACAGUUGUACAGCAAGUCGUCCCUCAUCAGUAUCCGGAGCUCAUUGAACCGGUACCUGAAUGAGCCACCCUACUGUCGCACGUUGGACCUGACCAAGGACCCGGAGCUGCGAAGCGCCAACCUGACCCUGGCUGCGGUCAUCCGGAGGCUGGAGGAGCAGGGCGCCGGUCCCGUGGUGCAGAAACAAGCCAUCACGCGGUCGGACCUUAGAAAAUUGUACGAGUCAUCCGUGUUCAACACCGACACGCCGUUUGGGUUGCUCAAUAAAGUCUGGUUCGAGACCUGCAUGUAUUUCUGCACCAGGGGCCGAGAGAACCAGCGGGAGCUUGAGGAGGACUCGUUCGGUCUGGCUGUGGAUGAGGAAGGCAGAAAGUUUGUGUAUUUCAAAGCUCUCGGACCGUACCACAAGUCCCGCUCCGCCGCCUGGACCAAGAAGCGUCCGGACGCAGAGGAGGACACCCUGCCGCGGAUGUACGAGACGGGCUCGGAGCAGUGUCCGUACGCCAGCUUCGUCCGGUACGUUUCGAAACGGAACCCGCUGUGCAGGGCGUUCUUCCAGCGACCCCGGGACCACUGCUGCGCGAGCGAUAUGACGUGGUACGAGAACAAAGCUAUCGGUAAGAACCUGUUGGGCACGAGGAUGCAGAUGUUGUCGCGCGCUGCCAAGCUCUCCAAGACCUACACCAACCACUGCAUCGGCGCCGUCUCCAUAGCAACGCUCAACAGCAUCGUGGGCGCCGCGGGCUCCAGGCCGCCGACGACGCUUUACGUUGCCUCGGAAACGGUCAACGGUCACGCGCAGUCCCACCUCCAGCUCGUGAUCCCAUGCCUUCACCGGGUAUCCGACGCUGCGGAUCUGAAGCAGCGGACAACGGCAGCAGCAACAGUAAACACAUCAUCAAUGACAACAACGAGUACAGUCAGCGCCGAGGAGGACCCGGAGGCUCCAUACGCCAAGAGGCUGUGCGUGCGCCCCGGGACACGCGCGGAGUUGCCUUUGGAACGAAACGAGAGCGAGCCGGUGCCUGCGAGAGCCCCGGAGCUUCAGAUUUCCACACAGCCCGCCGUGCGCUCCCCGGCAGCUCUGCCCACACAGGACAGCAGUAUGCUGAGUCAGCAGCUGGUCUCUGUGUCUCCUGUGAGCUCUGCUGGAAUCCCCACGCCAGCCCAGCUCACUAAAACCAAUGCACCUGUCCACAUCGAUGUAGGAGGACACAUGUACACCAGCAGCCUGGCCACCCUCACAAAGUACCCCGAGUCACGGAUCGGUCGUCUGUUUGAUGGAACGGAGCCCAUAGUGUUGGACAGUCUAAAGCAGCACUACUUCAUUGAUCGUGAUGGCCCGAUGUUCCGCUACAUACUGAACUUCCUGCGGACUUCCAAGCUCCUCAUCCCUGCAGACUUCAAAGAAUACUCCCUUCUGUAUGAAGAGGCCACUUUCUUCCAGCUUGCUACUCUGCAGGCUGAGCUGGAGCGCUGGAGGACUGAGCAGGAAUGUGGGGCUGCGUGCCUGGAGUGUGAGUGUGUCGUGAUUCAUGUGGCUCCGGAGCUCGGUGAGAGGAUCAGCGUGAGCGCCCACCGGGCGGUGAUCAAGGAGAUUUUUCCUGAGGUCAGAGACGUCAUGUCCAAUACCCUGAACACCAGCUGGAAUGAAGACUCGACACACAUCAUUCGUUUCCCACUCAACGGCUACUGCCACCUCAACUCUGUCCAGGUGUUGGAGCGGUUACAGCAGAGAGGAUUCUGGAUCACUGCUUCAUGUGGGGGAGUGGACUCUUCCCAGUUUAGUGAAUACAUUUUACGGCGGGAGGGCAGAGGAAGCCAACAUCCCCCCACACUCAUCCAAAUAAAACAGGAACUCAUGGACUGA